AUCUCCGCGGAAUUUUUAAUUGCCGGCGACGGCUUUCCAUAUAUUUAGCGGUCCCCCGACCUCGCCAAACAGUACGUUCGAUGCAAGAUGAUAACUCGGGCGAUCGGUGCAGCUCCAUUGUGCAUCUAGGCAUCCGCCGAUACUCCACCCGAAGACUAUCGAUCUUCAACCUACCAAUUUGAGAGUUAUGCCACGCACCAAUAUUCAGCGAAUAUUUCGUUUCCAUAAGCACCGAAGAAUCAAGAAGAUUGGCUUGAUUAAAUAACAGUAAAGAAAGGAAACUCUUAGAAAACGCAUUUAAUAACGAAUUCAAACAGGCGACUCAAACGAAAUUUGGUCGAGAAAACGGAUAUUAAUUAACGUUUCUAGUACACACGUAUAAUUCUUGAGGAAUAUUUGCAAUUACGGAUAAUUUCUGUUUUUCGACAAAUCUAUAUUGUAAUAUCAAACGUUAAAACGAAUUUUAUCACAAAAUUUAUAAUAUAAUUCUAUACAAAUGGGCAUUCUGCGUCAGCUACUGUUUGGUAAAUAUCUAUUAGUCACCAACACUGUGAGCUGUGGGUUGAUGAUGGCAGCGGGAGAUGUGAUCCAGCAACGCAGCGAACAUUGGAAGAAGCAUUGUUCUGACAAAAAAUACUUUCCGAGCAGUGUCAUAGCGGCGUCACCGGAAGAUGAAAAGGUGACGGCGAUUUCCAGCACAUCUGCAUACGGACACGAUUACAUGAGGACCAGGAAUAUGACGGUUGUAGGACUGGUUCAAGGUCCGUUUCAUCACUGUUUCUACACGAUUCUUGAUAAGGUUUUGCCAGGCAGAAACGCAAAGUCGGUCCUGAAAAAAACAUUUCUCGAUCAAUCGAUCGCGAGUCCCACGUGCCUGGGGAUAUUUUUUGUCGGCCUCGGGAUUCUGGAGAGUCGCAAAAUUAAGGAGAUCUGCGAGGAACUAAAGCUGAAAUUCGGCGACACGUGGAAAGUCGACUGCUGUUUCUGGCCUCCAGCGCAAUGCAUUAAUUUUAUUUUUGUGCCCCUGCAUUAUCGAGUACUUUAUACGAAUGUUAUGACGAUGGUCUACGAUAUUUUUCUAUCAUAUAUGAAAUAUGACGCUCACUUCGAGUGACAGAAAUCUCAUGGCUAGUCUGAACAAAAGAUAUGACUGCGUAAAUAAUAAUUGCGAAGUAUUCAUUGUAUAUACAUACGUCUAUUGUUAUUAAU